UUGGAAGGCAAGGAUGAGAUUUUAUCGAAAACGGAUGCACUUGUUUUCAUGGUUGGCUCAGAUGAGGAUGCUUCACAAUAUUCCAAAUCAAAUUCACUGCAGUCAGAUAAAGAUCGUGCGAAUAUGGAAAAGAUAGUGGCGUUUAUGAAAGAGGCCGGAAGCACAUUCGGUCAUUUCGGCAAAGAUUCAUUCACGUCCGAUUUCGCAAAAUCUUGGGAUGCCAUUCUGAAAGAACACGACAUCAGUUUGUCCGGUGGGAAUUUCAAUUUGAAACUUUCGGCUGAGAGCAACGAUAAAUUGAUACAUUAUGGGACGAUCGUGUAUUCUUUGGGCGCCAGAUAUCAGGUGUUCUUAUUGAAUUUGUGA